AUGAAAGGAAACAAUCCUUAUCUUGUUGUAAUUGCCAUACAAGCCAUAUACGCUGCUAUGUUUCUUCUCUCAAAAGCUGCAUUCGACCAUGGCAUGAACAAUUUCAUCUUCGUCUUCUAUAGACAGGCAAUAGCGACCCUUUUCUUGAUCCCUUUCACCUUCUUCUUCGAACGGAAAACUGCACCCCCUUUGUCUUUCUUGACCUUCUGCAAGAUUUUCUUUCUCUCUCUCUGUGGGAUUACUUUAAGUUUGGACAUAUAUGGUAUUGGUCUUAUUUACACCUCUGCUCCUUUGGCUGCUGCAACCACAAACUGUCUUCCAGUGAUCACGUUUCUCUUGGCGCUUCUACUAAGGAUUGAGAGUUUGAAAAUAAAGACGGCGGCUGGGAUUGCUAAGUUGGUAGGCAUUGUGGCAUGUUUGGCUGGUGCAGCAACUCUUGCCUUUUAUAAAGGCCCUCAAUUGAAACUUUUAAGCCAUUAUCACCUUUUGGAUUUUUACCUUAAAAGCCAACAACAUCAAGGUCAUGCUCAAUCCAGCACAUGGAUAAAGGGUUGCUUCCUCUUGCUUCUCUCUAACAUGUGUUUCGGGCUGUGGCUUGUAUUCCAGGCUUUCAUUAUAAAGGGCUAUCCUUCAAAGCUGCUCCUCACAACUCUUCAGUGUUUCUUAAGCUCAAUUCAGGCUUUGGUCAUUGCCUUGGCCAUAGAAAGGGACAUUGAGCAAUGGAAGUUGGGUUGGAAUGUUAGACUCCUUGCCGUAAUAUACUGUGGAAUUAUGGUCACUGGUGUCACAUAUUACUUACAGACAUGGGUUAUAGAAAAGAAAGGACCUGUGUUUCUAGCCAUGUCAACUCCACUGGCUCUGAUUAUUACAAUCUUCUCCUCUGCAAUUGUCUUCGGCGAGAUAAUCAGUUUGGGAAGCCUUUUAGGUGGGUUGGUGUUGAUUAUAGGACUAUACAGCGUACUGUGGGGAAAGGGCAGGGAGCAUAUGCCAAAAGCCACACAAGAUGUGGAGCAGGCGUCGGGUUAAUUAGAGUCAUAUAUGAGCUUGUAAUU